UGAUAUUAACCAACCUAACCCAAGAAAUCCAACAACCCCACUUCUCUUCUUCUUUUUUAAAAACCCAUUUCCUCUGCAGCAAUCUCAAGCUCCGGAAAUGGCGGAAAACUAGCAAAAAAUCAGUACAAAAGUUCGAAAAAGCCCUUCAAAUACUCGGAUAUUACCCAUCUCUGCCACCCCACCAACCUCAAAUUCAACAACAAUUUCCAUUUUCCCGAAAUCCCGUUUCGGAAUAAGAAGCAAAACAGUGCCCAGGUCGAAAAAACCCAUCAGAAUCCAGAAAAUACCCAUUUUGUCCUAGACCGAGAUCCUACCGAUGGCGCUGGCCUCCCCAAUCAAAUCAACGGUUUUCUCACGUUCUUCGAUCGGUUUGAGGAACACCCAACAGAGAUUUCGCGUUCAGAUCGAUGCAAAGCCCAUCAAUUCUCGUGAAUUCGGAGUACGCGAUGCGGGCAGAAGAAGAACAGAGGAGUUGAAACAGAGGAAUGUGGUGAAGGGCAUUGAAGGGAAUAAGGAAAAAGAAAGGGGGAGGAGAUUUGGGGUGAUUUCCUGUAGAGCAGAGGGCAUAGAGAGAGGGAUUUUGACAGGAAGAGAUGAAGGGCUGGUAUUGCCGGAGAGAUUGAAGGUGGUGGGCCUGAUGGCUUUUGCCAUGUGCUUGUGCAAUGCAGAUAGGGUGGUGAUGUCCGUUGCUGUUGUCCCCCUUGCUGAGAGAUAUGGCUGGAGUAGCUCUUUCUUAGGAAUCGUCCAGUCAUCAUUUCUAUGGGGAUAUAUAUUCUCAUCGAUCGUCGGAGGUGCCUUGGCCGAUAAAUAUGGAGGGAAGAGAGUCAUGGCGUGGGGGGUUGCCGUGUGGUCACUCUCGACAUUCUUGACGCCAUGGGCUGCUAAUCAUUCGACCGGCAUGCUCUUAGCGGCCCGCGCCCUCUUCGGGCUAGCCGAAGGUGUAGCUCUGCCUUCCAUGAACACUCUCUUGUCUAGGUGGUUUCCGUGCAGCGAACGUGCGAGUGCGGUUGGAAUUUCGAUGGCUGGAUUUCACCUUGGCAAUGUUAUAAGCUUACUUGCAACCCCAAUCAUCAUGUCGCGGAUUGGAAUUUCCGGCCCUUUUGCUCUCUUCUCGACUCUUGGGUUCCUAUGGUUGUCGAUAUGGGCACUUGGAAUUACUAACGAUCCUCAAGAUAGCCGUUUUAUUAGCCAAGCAGAGCUACGGCUAAUUCAAGCUGGAAAAACCAAUACUCCGACAACAAAUGGCAAGCUUCCACCCAUCCGCAAAUUGUUCUCCAAGCUACCAACGUGGGCGAUUGUUGCUGCCAAUGUAACUAACAACUGGGGGUACUUUGUUCUUUUGUCGUGGAUGCCAGUGUACUUCAAAACUGUUUUUAAUGUGAACUUGAAACAAGCCUCAUGGUUCAGUGCCAUCCCAUGGGGAAUGAUGGCGAUUUCGGGUUACAUUGCAGGUGCUGCAUCUGAUUUCUUGAUCAAAUCGGGUUAUUCUGUGACCCUAGUCAGAAAGAUCAUGCAGUCGAUCGGUUUUAUCGGUCCGGGAGUGUCAUUGCUAUGCCUGAAUUUCGCCAAGACCCCGGCUGCAGCCGCUGGGUAUAUGACGGCAGCCCUGAGCCUGAGUUCAUUCAGCCAAGCUGGAUUUCUUCUAAACAUGCAAGACAUAGCCCCUCAAUAUGCAGGAUUUCUUCAUGGCAUUACAAACUCAAUUGGGACAGGGGCAGCCAUAAUCAGCACCAUCGGGACGGGUUAUUUCGUUCAAUGGUUGGGAUCUUUCCAAGCCUUCUUAACAGUGACAGCAGUUCUCUACUUCAUCACCACCAUCUUCUGGAACAUGUACGCCACUGGAGAACGUGUUUUCUACUAGAUUUUGUUUUUCUUUUUGUUCUAUUUUUUUAAAAAUCUGAAUGAGUAUUUUAUUUUCUCAAUUAGCAGUGAGGUAGGUUCAUUUAUUUACGCAAGAUAGGAGAGAAAAAACAAUGUAUCAGAACUAUAACAUCCUGCUCAUCGGCAUUGUACAGUUUG